GAACGGUGUAACAAGGCGUAACUUAUCCGUCAAGCAUGAUAUCAUCGGCUGGUUACAAAUAUGAGUUUUUGAAAAAGUUUAUAUUAUUUUCGUAAUAUUGCGAAUGCAGCGAAUUAGUGAAAUCAAAUUUAUACCGCAAAAUAUUCCGUGAAGAUGUCGAGCAUUUAUUCUCAUCUUAUUUCGCAACAGAGUAAGAUUGUAUCUAUAACUAGAAACAGUUCGAGGUUUUUCGGAGAAACCAUACGUCGUCAUGCAACCACUGGACGUACUUCUGGUUCUUCGGAUCCCAUGAAAGGAAAGGGUCCGGUAACAUGGAAAAGUUUCACAUUUAUUGCAACCGCCGGUCUAGGAAGUCUCGGUUUCAUGUGGUACGUAAAAGACGAGAAGGAGCAAGCUUUAUUAAGGGAAAGAAAACGACAAUUGGGUAAAGCCGCUAUCGGUGGUGCAUGGGAGCUGGUAGAUACAGAGGGAAAUGUCCGCAAAUCAGCUGACUUUGCUGGCCAGUGGCUGCUCAUCUAUUUUGGAUUCACACACUGUCCCGAUAUUUGUCCGGAUGAAUUGGAAAAGAUGGCUGCUGUCGUGGAUGGUCUUGGAAAAUUGGAGGAAGCUGAUCCGGUGCAGCCACUCUUCAUCACUGUAGAUCCACAGCGGGACACGAAGGAAAUUGUUGGGAAAUAUGUUAAAGAAUUUCACCCUAGACUUUUGGGUUUGACGGGCACUAUUGAACAAGUAGCGAAGGUCUGCAAAGCCUUCCGGGUAUAUUUUAGUGCCGGUCCGAAGGAUCAAGAUGACGACUACAUUGUGGAUCAUACAAUCAUAAUGUACCUGGUGGAUCCAAAUGGUCAGUUUUUUGAUUAUUAUGGCCAGAAUCGUAAUAAAGACCAGGUGCGGGACUCCAUACUUAUAAAUAUGUCAAAGUAUAAGCAGUUGAAUAAUAAGUCGUGGUUCUAAUAAUUAUGUAAAA